AUGGGCCCACCUGUCGUGGACCGCUGGUAUCUCGUCUUCGGGAGUCACAACCCAGAAGGCCGUUGUGAUUCCCCUCGUAUAUCAGAAGGUCCCUUUACAGAUGUAGUAACUACAAAUCUUAAGCUACGAAAUCCAUCAGAUAGAAAAGUAUGCUUCAAAGUGAAGACCACAGCGCCUCGUCGAUACUGUGUGAGGCCAAACAGUGGAAUUAUUGACCCAGGAUCGUCUGUAAUUGUAUCAGUAAUGCUGCAGCCUUUUGACUAUGACCCAAAUGAGAAGAGUAAACAUAAGUUUAUGGUACAAACAACCUAUGCACCACCAAAUAUUUCAGACAUGGAGGCAGUGUGGAAAGAAGCAAAACCUGAUGAGUUAAUGGACUCCAAAUUGAGAUGUGUAUUUGAAAUGCCCAAUGAAAAUGAUAAACUGAAUGAUAUAGAUGCAAGCAAACCUGCCCCAGUACUGAAUACAUCUAAGCAGGAUGGACCGAUGCCAAAACCACAUAGUGUUUCACUUAAUGAUACUGAAACAAGGAAGCUAGUGGAGGAGUGCAAAAGACUUCAAGCAGAGAUCAUGAAGCUGACGGAUGAAAAUCGGCACCUGAGAGAUGAAGGCUUGAGGCUCAGAAAGGUAGCGCACUCGGAUAAAUCUGGAUCACCCACAGCUUUGACCCUCAGAGAUAAUGGCUCUAAUCCUCUUCCUUCACUUCUUGUUGUCAUUGCAGCCAUUUUCGUUGGAUUCUUUCUAGGGAAGUUCAUCUUGUAGAAAGAAUGAGUGAGAGAAGCAUGCAAAAUGCAGCUUCCUUUUUUUUUUCUUUUUUUUUUUUCUUUUUGGCCAGAAAAAGAUUUGUUUACCUACCACUUCAUUGGUAGUAUGGCCCAAGUGGCCAUUUUUGUGUACAGCAUCAUAACAGGCUUUGCCUUUAAUGAUCUCGCACAGUUAGAAAACACAAUCUAAAACGACAAACUGUUCGGCUACUGGACAAAAUUGUACAUUAAGUCAUCAAUAGCAGGUGUCAGUUGCACAGUCAGUCCUUUAUGAAAAUUCAUAAAUAAAGAAUUGUUCUUUCUUUCUGUGGUUUUAAUAAGAGUUCAAAAAUUGUUCAGAGUCUUGUAAAUGUUAUUUUAAUAAUCCUUUAAAAUUUUAUCUGUUGCUGUUACCUCUUGAAACAUGAUUUAUUCGAUUGCUAAUCCCACUCAUUCAGGAAUAUGACAAGAAGUAUUCUGGUGGAAAUGGUGCCUCUUAAUGUGUAAAUUUUCUCCUACCUUAAUUUGCUAAUAUCAUUGCAGAAUUUCUUUCUUAUCCCUUGUGAGGCAUUGUUGAGAGUUCUUCAUCCUUACAAAAUCCUGUCCCAUAAUAUUUAACAUUACAAAAGAAAUAAAAUUGUUAACAGAUUUUUCUGCUGGGUAGCCUGUUUGUGUGUGUCGUACUUUUAGAAGGGAUUCCUAACAAGUUCAUUGUUCAUGGUAAUUUGCUACUUGUAACAAAUGGCUAUUUUGAAGUUUAUUUGCAGAAGUCUCUGGCUUAGACUGUUGUAAUUGAAGUUUGGGGGAAGAAAAAAAGAUGAUUUCCAUUCCAUUUGUUUAAAAAAAGAACUGUUUUCUGGCUGCUUUCAGCUACAGAGAGGAUGGUUAUCAAACUUAUUUUGGGACAGAAUAAUUUGGAUAUCCAGUGGGUACAAAUACCAGACAUGAAUGUUUUUAAUACAUUAGCAAUUUGCUUGGAUUGUGCGGGAGUGUAAUAAUCAACCUUCUGUUCCAUCUUUGGAUCUUCUGGGUGUCUUCCAGGAGUCAACAUUAUUCUUUGAUUUCAUAAGGUUACUCAAUUCACUUAUACUAACUUACUGGGUUUGUAAUUCUGUUUUAGCAGAUAUUCAGAAAUGCAGUUUGAAUGAUUCAGACACCCAUAAUGAAUUCCAUGAUGCAGAAGAGUUGAUACUUGCUGAGUGAGCCUCAGUUGCUCACCUUUUGAAAACAAAAGUAAUUUUUAUGCAACUCUUGGCACAUCUACCUGUGUUAACCAUGUAGAGCUAAGUUUUAAAGAAUGCGUUUUUGGGGGUCUGAAAUGCUUCCCUGCACUUAAUCUUAUGUCUUGCCUCAUCUCUAAAUAUGUCACAAAAACAAAUAGUAGUAUUGGAACAAAAUAGUAUCUAUACUUCUGACUAAGCAUAGUCCAAUACAGGGAAUUACUUGUAAACUGAAAAAUUGCAGAAGGGGCAUACCCCUGUAAGCAAAAUUGUGUAUGCUCUUGGACAGCUUGACUUGAUGUGGUGCAGCUAAGUGUGUUAGACCUUGGGAUAUGCACACCUUAUGUGGCUGAGAAAAAUGUUCUAGAGAAUAUGUACAUUAUCUUGGUUGCCUUUGAUUUCUAGUGUUUUGUUUUUUUUAAAAAAAGAAAACUAUAAUUGCAUCAUGUUCUGUCAUUGCUCUGUGAUAAACUUUUUUUAUAAAAUCUUGCAUAUGUGCAAGGAAGAUGAUGAAGAAAAUGCAAAUACUGCUUAUCUUUUCA